AUGUCGCAGAAGCUGGAGGACAAGGCACUGCCAUUCGGCAUCCACCACACCAAAAGCCGCAUGGCCGAGCUCCUCGCUGCCGAUGUGGUUGUUGCUGCAGGCUCAGCAACUCUGAUCACCCCGGCCGUCAUGAUCUUUGACCGGCUCGUCGUCGAGAAAUCAUUCUACAACCAACCCAUGUUCCCAGCAUUUCGUCGACACCUCUGGUUCUCCAUCACACAGCCAGCCACCUUCUUAACGUCCCGACCCAGUCUGCUCGUCUGGUCCCUCUAUACAGCAACCUUCGCAACAGCCAAUGCCACAGAGACCAUCCUGGGCAAGUGGUACCCAGAAAUCGACCAUGCCAUCGCAGGUAUGACCACCUUCGCCACAACCUUCAUAGUCAACUCCUCAGUCGGCAUCUGGAAAGAUGUCAAAUUCGCCCAACUCUUCGGCCAACCCAAGACAUCUACACCAACCCCAACCCCAACUACACCCACCACAACCACAACCACAGCCUCCCCCUCACCUUCCUCCACAACCUCAUCCCCCAAAACAGCCCGCUCAAUCGGCCGCACCCGCAUCCCACUAGCAACCUACUCCGCCUUCCUCCUCCGCGACGGCCUCACAAUCUUCGGCUCCUUCAGCCUCCCCGCCAUGGUCUCAGCCUCAAUCCCAGACUCAGUCGCCUCCCAAGAAUACCUCAAAAUCCUCAUCGCCCAACUAGCAAUCCCAGCCUCAAUCCAGCUCAUCAGCACCCCAAUCCACCUCCUGGGUCUGGAUCUGUAUAACAGACCACAAGUAAUGCCCAGCAAAGAGCGCAUCGGCCGCGUCAGUCGCGACUGGAUUAGCGCUUCCCUAUUGCGCAUGUGUCGCAUUAUUCCUGCUUUUGGGAUUGGCGGAUUCGUUAAUACGGAAGGGAGACUUUCGUUGCAUGAUCAGCUUGAUGGACGGAGGAAGGGGUCUUGA